GUACAGGGAUCUACAUUCACCACGGCGUGCCAAUGGCGUCCAAAACCGAGUUGGCAACGAGGCCUGCGCCAGAAGUCCCAGAAGAACGCUGGGUGAUAAUGCUCGGACUGAGUCAGCAUGGGAAGUCAAAGUUCCUUAAGCAGUGUGCCCAGAUGCAAGGCCAUCAAGAUGCUUUGGCGCUAGAAGGAAAUGGUUUCAAGAGCACAACGAGAGUCGUGCGUUUGCACCCCUUGCAUGCAAAUGGCGAACCAACACACUUGUUGAUGGCCAACAAACUGCCUUCAGCUUUGGAUCCUUUCCAGCAUUCCACGAUUGAGCAGUUCGUUGAAAGCGCAGGCAGAGAUCGUGGAGAAUACAAAGCAGGGAUCAGACGGGCAGAGUCUAGAUCCAUGGGUCUUCCGGCCAUCAAGGCAUUGGACACGCCUGGUUUGGAAGACGACCAGGGUGAGGAUGACAAACAUAUCGAGAACACAUUGAAGGAAGUCAUGAGGAUGGGCUCGUUGUCUGGAGUCGUGUUGGUGUCCAAGUGUGGCGAGCCAAUCACACCGAAUUGGAAGCAACAUGCCUAUCGAUACUGGAGGCUGUUUCCCAUGUUGCAAGCGAGAUGGAUAGUUGUACACACUCAUGCAGAUCCGUUUGCUAGAGGCAACCCAUCCUGGUCUGAAAUGUCCUUCGCGGAGUUGUGCCACACACUUCAAGAGCAAGUCACGAAGGCAAUGGAAGAAGUUACGCAGACAACCUUCCAGGCCACCCACAUUUUUGUCGAAAACAUGUUCAAAGAGAGGGACGAGGCUCUCAAAGCUAUGUUUGUUGAGGCCAUGAAUUCUUUCCAUUUGGCUAUUGCGGCCUUUGAACCGAUUCCGAUUGGCAAUCUCUUCUUUCAAAAGAGUGAGAAGCAAAGGGCGAUUGACCAGCGGUUGAAGACAUACCUGGAAACAAAGAACGACGGUUUGAAAGCUCGCAGUGCAGAACUUCAGAGAGAACUCGUCGAUGAACUUGAGCCGGAUUGUGAGUGUUUGAUGAUCGAAUGCGCUAAGCUCCAGGCUGAUGUCGAAUCGCAGGAGGAGAAAUUGCAGGACAUCAAGUCGGAAGAUGAGAUGGUAGCUGAGUCAGUAACUGUUUGGAGCAAGAGCCAAGGGUGCUUUAGCUAUCCCAGAGCUCAUGCCACCUUCAGGCUGGAAGGUCGGUAUUGCUGCGUGGCCACGUUGAAUGGGAAUCCGAAGUCUUGCUUCAAACCUUUGCAAAUUGAGUAUCAGCAGAUUACCCCAUCUUCUGGUGAGUCCCAAGCAAAUAUCAUGGAGGUUUGCGUUGUCGGUCACUGUUUGCUUUGUCAUUUUGGCUGCACAAUCUCAGUGACAUGCAAGAAGAAAGACUUCUACAAGAAUAGAAUCCCCAUCGAGACAGACAAACUGAAGCGAUUGAAAAGCUCGCAGGAAUUCAAGAGAGACCGGCUUCAUGUUUUGGAACCAGAAGUUCAGAGGCAACGUGGUGCGAUUCUGAGCAAUGACCAGGAGCAACAGGUAGUGAACAACAUGUUGCACCUACUAAAGAACGAGUGGACUUUGAGUACCUACAAGACCUUCCACUAUUUCUAUAGUUUGCCCGUAGAGCCUGCAGUGGAAAAGUUUGUAAGCACAGCUUGUCAUGAAGCGAAGCUGCAAAGCAGCGCUUGCUGAGAAUUUUCGUCACUAAUGUGUCGGACAUGGAAUGAGAUUGUGCACGAAUCGCUGC